CUUUGAUUCAGUUAGUGGGUUUGUUAUAAACAGGUUUCGAUUAAUAUUCCCCUUUCAGAUGAGCUGGAGGCUUUAUAAUUUCACAACAAGGCGUGUUAUUGAAGCUUUUCAGUGAUAUUUCACUGUCCACCGUGUGUGAGAACGUUCCGCCGCUCACUGUCUCCAGGCGUAUGAUCAGUAGUGGUGAUGUUGUGUUGUGAGCGUUCUACUGUCUUCUGAUUGGUUAUCGUAAUUAUCUUCACACGCGCGCUGACAGCUAGAGCAUCCCAUCUUGUCACGCGCGUAUGAACCACCAGCUCCCGCCAAACGCCUUCUGCUACAAUCUGCUUCAGAUACAGUUAUGUAUAUGAAAACAUGGAGCUAUCAAAGAGUGAAGAUACUUCAGACGAUUCAAAGAGGUCAAGUAAGGCACAUGGCCGAAGUAAAUGGCAUGAAGAGCACAAAUCUCACAACACCCCGAAUAAUGGAUUUGUGAAUACACACAGUACUGAUGAAAGCACAUCCUCACUGCUUGUGCCAGACACUCUGGACAUACUCUCUCAAGCUGUUAGUGGCACACUGUCAGAAGGUCAUGAACGGCGCCACGGCUCUGUUAAAAGGAGCAGAACCCAUGACUGUGUGAGAGGAAUGGGACUGCAGCAAGAUAAGAGUUCUGGAUACAAAGAUGGGACCAACUGGCGCCAUCACCAUAAGUUGGUGACCAGCGUCAGCUUUUCAGGAUUCGAGGCGCCUCUAAGGUUGCUUUGUGAGAAUCGGGAUACAUCUGGCAGCAGUCGUGAAAUCAUUGAUUACCGUAACCUAACACCUCAAGUGCCCUUUGUGCCCUGCAUAGCCAAAUCCAUUCCUAAAAAAAGGAUCUCCCUGAGGAAACCUAGGAAGGCCAUUAACGAUUUGUUUGUCCACAAAAGACACAAACAUGAGAAAGCUACUUCACCGAGUACACCAUACCACGUUGCAGGUGAAAAUGUUCCAACACUGAAACGGACGAGGAAGACUGUAAGACACAGAGAAUAUACCACUGCAAGAAGCAGGUAUAACGAUGACCUCAGUGAGACUCCCUCCGAUUCUUCCAGUGAAUGUUGUGCUUAUGUCUGUGAGGAUGCUGCCUCAUUAAAAAGCUUUGGAUCUCAGGCUGGUUGUGGUGAGAUAUUUGCUGAUGAUCUUGUAUCUCCUGAGGGCAUGUUUAACCCUGAGCAUGACAAAGUUGCCUGUGAAGCUCCGAGGCCAAGCCCUACUACUGCAAGUUUCCAGGGAGGUAAGGAGUGUUUGGCCUCUCCAGCUCAUGCUGAGGUCCUGGACAUGUUUGGGUUGUGGGAAACCCUAAACAGAACUUUGCAUUUGGGGAACAGCUCAAAAGUAACGGAACAUGCAACAAAAUCCACAACACCUAUCAUGAAAUCUCCUUCCACAUCCAACUCUGAAGAUGUAACAGCAAAUUCACCACAAUCUGUAGAGCCUGAGAUCAGGGAACUUAAUACUGACAUGGUAACACCUAAAAGUGACAACCAAGGGAACACUAGUGAUGAGGGCUACUGUGAUUAUGUCUCUCCUGGUUUUGAGGACCGCAGCAGAAGUUCCCUCACUCCAGUGCAUUCCAACAAGUUCCCUGGGGACACGUACAGUGGAGAUGCUCUUUAUGAGCUAUUCUGUGACCCCAGCGAGGCAGAAAUUACCCCGAUCUUUGAUGAUGAGAUCGACCUAACAGACAGCAUUGUUGACCAGUGCAGUGAUUAUCCAUUAUCCAUGUACAGCUUCCAUGUUGGGGCAGAGGAAAAUCUUGCCCCACCUUUAGCUCGGGACUACGUUGGUCGAGAACUCCUGGAAAGUAAAUGGAUGGGAAAGGAUUGCUUACUAAAGCUUUGUGACACUGAGAUAUCUCUGGCUAUGGGUAUAGUUAAUUGGCUUAAGCAUAGGUCAGACAAAAGCAACCCAACAGAACUGAGAUCUUCACAGAGUAGUGGAGAAGAAACGGGAGAUUUAUGUCUAAGUUGUAAAACCCAGCCAGAAAGGGUUAGAAAACCACCAAGAGGAGCAAGAACUGUUAAUAAUAGAGGAGAUACAGUUCAUUUUAAAGAGAGAAGUCAGCAAAGUGUUGUCGUUCUGCCUUCAAAAUAUGAUGCUAACACAGUGAUGUCAACCUUGGCUUCUCCAGAGAGUCAACCCAAGACCCCAACGAGUGGUGUGUGUUUCAGAAUAUUCAAUGUCGACUCUCCAAUGACUCCAGGUGGAGAUUUGCAGUCCCCUGUGGUAAGCUCCCCUGGCUCUGGGACAAGGUCUUUGUUUGUGUUGGCCAUAAACAAGGAAUCUCUUUGUGAAUCUUGCAAGAGUUCCCUGAAAAACGGAGCUAAAGAUCUGCACCUGUGCCGUUCUUGUAUGUCCCUCAUUGAGCACAUCAAGACUUCAGACCUUUGGGCCCGUGUCAGUCUUCCCAGGUUCACUUUAACUCCACAGCCAAUAACCAGAGAUCUACUAUCCCCAGCAAGCACCUGCGGGAUAGGAAGUGACAUCAGCAUAGCUUCCCUUGUUGAGCAGUGUGCUAGUCAGUUGUCUUCUAUGAAGAUCAACUUUACCCAAACUCGCUCAAGCUGUGAGAUAAGAGAUGUCCCUGUACCUGAGCAUGGGGUAAAAAGGAACAAAGGACACUCUCAAAAAUACCUUAAGUCAAAACACAAGAAAAGGCCAGUGGCAACUACCGAGAGAGCCUCGCAUGCUAGACAUCGCUUGAGUAGGUCUAGCUUUUCUGAAGAUGUGAAACCUUCCCUUUUGGAGACUGAGGGACUUGGCUUUGUCACUACUAACGCUUCCAAUAAUUUGGUGUUGGAAACGUACGGUUCAUGUGCUGUUGAAUCUGGUGACACAGACAUAUCUCAAGCUACCAGGCCUACAUCUCUUCCUCUCAUGACCUCUGCCUCUUCUGAGUUUCCUUGCGGAGAGGACCACCACAUCCACCAUUUGAAAAAGACGGAAGAGGGAAACCCAGCCAAAAAGAAGCAUGGGUUACGUCAUCGCAAGAAGUCUGCUGUGAAAAGUGAGGGAUUAUGCAGUGUCUUUCCAGGGGAUAGGAAAGUAGAACGCAGAUGCAGGAUGAAGAAGUAAAGCCCGUAUUAAACAGAUUCUGAUUUUGUGGAUCCUGACUGUCUUAAACCCGUUUCUUCUGUCCAGUACCUCAGCCUUCUGGGCAGCUGACCUCUCUACCAGCUGUCAAAGUCUCUAUCUUUCAUCCUGAAGAAAUCUGACAUGUUUGCUCAUUUUACUGUCAACUCAGCAACACUGUCAGCCUGGAACAACAACAGGUCUGUUGAUCUGUUUGUUGGAGAAGUAACAUUUGUCUGAAACCUGUCGUAUCAGUGUUUUUCUCUCUCCAUAGUUUUUCUGCAAUCACUGCAAUUUUUAUUGCAAGUUUAUUGCUGGAGUUUUCAAACCCAGAAUCAAUGACAGUAAAUACUAGUGCAAUAACUAUAGUAACACUUUAUUAAUGUCCAAGGGACACAUUUUAAACUUGUCUUAAUAGAGUAAACUUUCACAAGUUCACUUACGGAAUUUUAAGUACAUUGUGGGAAGAUAUUCUUAGGUUGUUUUUGCAUAUCGAAACAAUCUGACAAGCUAUCUGAAAAGCUCUAUUCUGGAGUUUGGAAGAGAAAAAGACAAUUUCUUUAAAGGAUUGGGACAGCUGGAAACAUAGCAAUGGAAUCAACUUUGCAUUUUCAUUUGUCCAAUUAGAGUUCAAAACAGAGACGGAUAAUUGUGUAUCAGUGAAUAAAUGAGGUAAAGUAGCCCUUUGAAAAAACGCCUCUGAUCUGGCUGGUGUGACCAGAAUUGAUGAGUGCCACCAAAAAAGGGUCCAUUCAUACAUAUAGUAGGCCUCUUCACAAAGAAGGCAGGUGGCACUUUUACUUGUCGUCUUUGUCCAUUUUGGAAUGUAAUUCUGCCAGUUCAGUCCCUUUUUUUACUUGGUAAAUACUUCAACUCUAAACCUAAACCGCAAAAGUCCAGCUGGGGUUGUUAUUGAACAGAAUUCCCAUAAAAACAACCCCUGGAAUGACUAUUAAUCUAUAUAUGUCUCCACAUCUAUCUUUGAGCAGACAGUUAUCUGCUUAAAUAUAGAUGUCUGCACAUCUAUAUUGGGGUGGGAUAUCUGUUAACAUUGAACUUAACUUUGGGCCAUUACUCUCUUGAUUGAUGGUGAUGGAUGUAAAUAUGAAUAAACCAAAAUUUAAAAUACAUAGGUGUAAUUUGCUGGUAGGACAUGUCCCCUCCACUUUUUGCCAAAGUUGCCAGAUUUUUUUAAUGGUUUAAAGGGGGGCGUGACCCAAAAAGUUUGAGAACCACUGUCAUAAGUGCACACUUAAAGUGAAUUUAUGUUUUUAUUCACUGACGUGAAGAAUCGCUGGACUAACAAUAUAUUUUAAGGAAGAAACUAUGACAUUAAACAUGACUUCUCUGUCAAUAAAUUAAAGGGAUAGUUCACCCUAAAUGAAAAUAUGAUGUUUAUCUGCUUACCCCCAGGGCAU